UCUGCCGUGCGGCUGCGCACUGGUCGGUGCCGACAGAGCAGCUGCAGGAGCCGGUGUGUGAGGCGCGAUGUUCCGCAGGAAGUUGCAGGCCCUGGACUAUCAUAACCCGUCUGGCUUCAACUGUAAAGAUGAAACAGAAUUUCGAAACUUCAUCGUUUGGUUAGAAGAUCAGAAAAUUAGACACUACAAAAUUGAAGAUCGGGGAAACUUAAGAAAUAUACAUAGUACUGAAUGGACUAAACAGUAUGAAAAGUAUUUGAAAGAUGUGACGUGUCCCUUCACAGUACCGGAGCGUCAGGAAGCUAUAGACUGGCUCCUGGGGCUGGCGGUGCGUCUGGAGUAUGGCGAUAACGCUGCUAAAUACCAGAAUGUGAAGCCGCUCAACGCUGAUGUCACGAAGAACGCGGAACCGCUGAUAAACCUGGAUGUGAGCAAUCCCGAUUUCAAAGUUGGUGUGAUGGCCUUGGCAAACCUCCUGCAGAUCCAGAGACAUGACAACUACCUGGUGAUGAUCAAAGCAAUACGAAUUCUCAUCCAGGAACGAUUGUCACCAGAAGCUGUGGCUAAAGCGAACAGCACAAAAGAGGGGCUCCCGGUUUCCCUGGAUAAACACACACUUGGAUUUGACACUGGAGAUGCGGUUUUAAAUGAUGCUGCCCGGAUCCUCCGAUUACUUCACGUUGAAGAACUCCGAGAACUUCAGACUAAGAUUAAUGAAGCUAUUGUAGCUGUUCAGGCAAUUAUUGCAGAUCCGAAGACCGACCACAGACUGGGAAAGGUGGGGAGAUGAGAACAAAUGUUGGUUUCGUCCACACCUGUUCUAUAAGCAGCCUGGCAUGCAGUGUUCCCAUUCUGUAUAAAUGUGAUAAGGUAAAAUAAACUCCUCCUGGGAUAAAA